UGUGAAAGUCUGAGCAGUUUACUUUGUUCAUCCGCAGACGGAGUGAGAUUUAUAUAUUUAAUGUGUCACUGAUGAAGCAUUAGCUCGACGCUAUACCGCGCUUUUAUGAAAUGCUUUUUUGAGGAACUGUUGCACUUUACGACUAAAUAAAGUGAUGGAGUUGUCUCCUGUGUGCACUGAAGGCAUCAGCACAGACGGAUGUAUAACCAAAUCUGACAGAGGUCACAGGAAAAGCAAAGUCUCGAGAGAUGUGGAGAUGGACAUUGAGUUUUUGUAUAAAGCUGUUCCUCAGCUGGCCAAGGUUUUCCGCAUCAUAGACAAAAUUGGAGAAGGUACGUUCAGCUCGGUGUACCUGGGUGAGGCUCAGAUGCAGGAUGGGAGGAGAGAGAUGUUUGCCCUGAAGCACCUCAUCCCAACCAGCCACCCUACACGCAUUGCUGCUGAGCUUCAGUGUCUCACUGUUGCUGGAGGCACAGAGAAUGUGAUGGGGGUGUCUUACUGCUUCAGGAAGGAGGAUCAUGUGGUGAUUGUCAUGCCCUAUAUGGAGCAUCAAGCUAUUGUGGACAUCAUUGGCUCACUAACCUUUGAAGAGGUCCGUCUGUAUAUCUACCACCUGUUGAAAGCCCUGAGACACAUCCACCAGUUUGGCAUCAUUCACCGUGACAUCAAACCAAACAAUUUCCUCUACAACAGGAACAGCAAAAUGUAUGCCCUGGUGGACUUCGGCCUGGCUCAGGGUGCAGCGGACACCCAGAUCGAGUUGCUGAAGGUGGUGAGGCAGAGGCCAUCACAGAAAGGUGGAGGGUCCACAGGGAAACAAGACACCACACAGCGGAGCAAAGCACCAACUAGACUCCAUCCCAAAACUACCACUGUCACCACAGCCUCAACCUCAUUACUUCUGCCUCCACGGCAACACACAGCCCUGCCACCUUCAUCCCCCUCUUCCUCCACUACUACCGUUACCACCACAUCUUCCUCAGCCUCUCGGAAAGCACUAGUUAAAAGAGCACGUUCUGUCACCACCACCAUCACCACCUCCACAUCUCGCACAAAGCACACAAAGGAUUUGACAGGACUACGCAAAGUGCCGCGGCCUGUGUUUGGAGAGAAGAACCUGAACAGCUGUGCUCCAGCUCCCUCCACCACAAAACAAGCUGCCAUUAAGACAGAGCUGGUAAAGCCCAUCAAAACAGAGGACGCAGCCAGCCGGAGGUACUCUUCAGCCGGCCGGGGGGCCCUGCCUGUCAGGAGCCAGAGCAGCAGUCAGAAACCUCAGAGGACUGUACACCAGGGCCUCACCUGUAACUGCUACCUGACGGACCGCGUCUGCAAUAUCUGCAUGUCCAGGAAGCAGCAGGUGGCACCGAGGGCUGGAACUCCAGGCUUCAGAGCACCAGAAGUCCUCACGAAGUGUCCCAACCAGGGGACAGCCAUAGACGUGUGGUCAGCUGGUGUGAUCCUGCUCUCACUGCUCAGUGGCCGUUACCCGUUCUUCAAAGCCAGCGAUGACCUGAUCGCUCUCACUCAGAUCAUGACCAUACGAGGCUCCAGAGAGACCAUCCAGGCCGCUAAGUCAUUUGGUAAGGCGGUGGUGUGCAGUCGGGAUCUACCUCGGCAGGAUCUCAGAACACUAUGUGAGACGCUGAGAGGACGAAGACCAUCGCCAGCUGAUGAAGUCACGCCACUUCCUGAAGCCAGCAGAGACUCGACCACCACCACCCACCAUCAAAAAAUCCAAGAUGAUACACCUACACAUCGUCCCACUGAAGGAACAUUAAAGCAACAUAAAGAUGGAGCUUCUAGUCUCCCGAACCAUCGGGAGCAGUCAGGCAGCAGACGAACCUCGACUUGCCUCGCUGAACAAACCUCAGGGGGAGACUGCAAGGUAGAGGACGAUGAGCGGGGCUGGGACAAAGUCCCUGAUGAAGCAUACAACUUGCUAGACCGGCUGCUAGACCUGAACCCUGCCACCAGGAUCACAGCGGCUCAGGCACUGCUGCACCCACUGUUCAAAGACCUGUGAAAGGACUGUGACUUAACCUGGAGUCUCCUGUCAACAUCACAAAACUGCUUGGCUUUGGGAUGUGGGGACAUGGUCCACAAAUAGAAAAGUGUGGUGCACAGGAUUGUUUAAACAGAUGGGAGUGAAUUUCAGAUCCUUGUGUGGCAACAUUACCUGAACAAGACAACAGAGAUCUGAUAAAUCUGUGGAAAAAAACGCCUGUUAAAUGCUUCAUAGACUUGAACAUAAAUGUUCCUGCAAGACACGUGACUUCAUGGUUCACAGGUCUGCAGUUAAGAGUUAAAAUGAGUUAUCUUCGUGGCAGCUAUGGUGUAAAGUAGAGAACUGUGAGGAUAGGCAUUUUAAAGGACUCUAGUAUUGACUUGAGGCAUUAUAUUAGCUGUUGUGUAAAUGGAUGAACAGUUUUAAAUGUAGGCAUAUAUGUAAUGUUCUUCUUAGUCUGAAUCUUGUCUUAUAAAGAGGGAAUUGUCAGUAUGUUGCUACCACUGUAUGAAGUGACUGUUUCUGAAGUAUGAGAAGGUUUUUAAUUUGAAGGUGUGUUUGAAUUCCAUCUGUAUUUUAUUAAUGUGAGUGUGAAUGAUGCUGUAUGUGAAUAUGUCUGUUUCAGCUGUGUUAAUUUAUACAACUGAAAACUGAACUUUGGAUUCUCUAAUAAAGGCAAA